UUGAAUUUGACCAAACAGAGAAUUUUCAUCCCAUUUGAAUAUAUUUUUCAGUAGAGUAACUGAACUGUGAUUGGUGGAAGACAGAGGACAAUGCAAACACAGGCAAAUUGAAUCAAUUAAGAUAGAACAUUGACUCUUUGUCACACACUACGAAAUGCUCUAUUGUUAUCUAAGAGACCUACUUGUUUUUUGUUUUUCUUGAGAUCUUUCACUCCCUAUGUAAGAAAAGGGAGCAUUAUUCUCUGUUUGGCCAAGCAACAAGUGGAUGGUCCAUCUAUUAAGGUUUACAUUGAUUGUCUGUCAUCAAGCAGCCAGCAGACAUGUCGCUGAGUGGAGCAUUUAAGGCUGUAACUAAAAGCCCGGGGCUCAUUAUUUGGAGAAUUGAGAAAAUGGACCUGGUGCUAUUGCCAACAAAAGCCCAUGGGAACUUUUAUGAAGGCGACUGCUACCUCCUGCUCUCUACAAGGCAAUCGGGCAGUUCUCUGCUGUAUGACAUCCAUUACUGGAUUGGAAAAGACUCUUCACAAGAUGAACAGGGCUCAGCAGCCAUAUACACAAUCCAGCUGGAUGAAUAUCUAGGAGGUAGCCCAGUGCAACAUCGGGAAGUCCAGGGGCAUGAGUCAGACUCCUUCAAAGGUUAUUUCAAACAGGGAAUCAUUUAUAAGAAAGGUGGUGUUGCAUCUGGAAUGAAACAUGUGGACACAAACACAUAUGAUGUGAAGAGACUUCUGCAUGUUAAAGGCAAGAGGAAUGUCACGGCUACAGAGGUUGAAUUGAGCUGGCUGAGUUUUAAUCUCGGAGAUGUGUUUUUGCUGGAUCUUGGUAGAGUUAUUAUACAGUGGAAUGGACCAGACAGCAACAAAUCAGAGAGAAUGAAGGGAAUGCUGCUGGCUAAAGAUAUACGUGAUCGGGAGAGGGGAGGACGAAUGGAGAUUGGGGUGGUUGAUGGUGAUCUUGAGCAAUCUUCGCCCGAGUUAAUGAAGCUUUUGAUGAAUACUCUUGGUGAGAGAAGCCAUCGAAUUGGACCAGGGAAUCCUGAUGAAGUUGCAGACCAGAUACAGAAAGCCAAUAUCAUGUUGUACCAAGUUUCUGAUUCUGGAGGUCAAAUGGAGGUGACAGAGGUAGCAACCAGACCACUAGUUCAAGACUUGUUGAACCAUCAGGAUUGCUUUAUUCUGGAUCAAGGAGGUACUAAGAUAUAUGUCUGGAAGGGCAAAGGUGCUACAAAGGCUGAAAAGCAAACAUCAAUGUCUAAAGCUCUGGAGUUCAUAAAGAUGAAAGGUUACCCGCACACUACCAAUGUGGAGACUGUGAAUGAUGGAGCGGAAUCUGCCAUGUUCAAACAGCUAUUCCAAAAAUGGACAGUUAAAGACCAGUCUGUGGGCAUGGGAAAGAGCUUCAGUGUCCAUAAGAUCGCAAAGGUCAGCCAGGAGAAGUUUGAUACAUCAUUACUCCAUGCGCAGCCUGCAUUGGCAGCUCAGGAGCGCAUGGUGGACGAUGGAAGCGGCAAUGUCGAGGUGUGGAGAAUUGAAAACCUGGAGCUGGUUCCUGUGGAGCCACAGUGGUUUGGAUUUUUCUACGGCGGUGACUGCUACUUAGUGUUGUACACCUACCAUGUCAAUAAGAAAGCUCACUACAUACUCUACAUAUGGCAGGGACGUCAUGCAUCACAAGAUGAGUUAGCAGCUUCUGCUUUCUUGGCCGUGCAGCUUGAUCAAGAUUUUAAUGGCGAACCAGUUCAAGUUCGUGUUUGCAUGGGCAAAGAGCCCCGCCAUUUCAUGGCCAUCUUCAAAGGAAAGCUCGUCAUAUUUGAGGGGGGUACUUCCAGAAAGGGGGGUGAGGAGCCAGAACCCCCAGUGAGACUGUUUCAGAUACAUGGGGCAGAGCCUUCUAACACCAAAGCUGUGGAGGUGCCAGCCUUUGCCUCCUCACUUAACUCCAAUGAUGUGUUCCUGCUCAAGACACAGUCCGAACAUUACUUGUGGUAUGGAAAGGGUUCGAGUGGAGAUGAACGUGAAAUGGCCAAGCAGCUGGCAGCCGUGUUAUCUGAUGGUGUUGAGGAGACAUUGGCAGAAGGACAGGAGACUAUGCAGUUUUGGGAAUUGUUGGGUGGAAAGGCUCCAUAUGCUAGUGAGAAGAGACUUCAGCAAGAGCUAACAGAUAUUCAGCCUCGACUGUUUGAGUGCUCCAAUAAAACUGGUCGCUUUAUUGUCACUGAAGUUACUGAUUUUAACCAGGAUGACCUAGACCCGACAGAUGUCAUGCUCUUGGACACUUGGGAUCAGAUAUUCCUAUGGAUUGGCUCUGAAGCCAAUGAUGAAGAGAAGAAGGAAGCUACAGUAAUUUCUCAGGAUUAUCUAAGAACACAUCCCAGCAACAGAGACACAGAGACUCCCAUACUCAUCAUCAAACAAGGCUUCGAACCACCAGUAUUUACGGGUUGGUUUCUGGCCUGGGACCCACACAAGUGGAGUGGUGGGAAAUCGUAUGAAGAAUUGAAGAAAGAACUGGGGGACGCUGCAGCCAUAAGCAGGAUUACAGGGGAUAUGAAUGGUGUGUCCCUGUCUCCAACCAGUCCAAAAGCAAGCACCACUUACCAGUGUUUCCCACUUGAAGUCUUGAAAGGCAAACAAAAACAUGAACUACCCGAAGGAGUGGAUCCAGCAAAGAAAGAGAAUUACCUCUCUGAUCGGGAGUUUGUGUCCGUCUUUGGAAUUACCAGAGGAGAAUUCACUGCUUUGCCAUCCUGGAAACAGCUAAAUAUGAAAAAACAGCUGGGGCUAUUUUAAAAUCCCCUGCACUAUGGCAUUUAUGGGGCAUUACUACCAAAAGAUUUUGUUUCUUUGUUUUCUUAAUAUCAUGGCCAAUAACUAAUAGCAUGACAAUGCACAGGCUGUAACUGCAGCGAAAGCAGAUACUGUAUGUAAAACCAUGUAAGACAUAAUAUUGCAAAUAGCUGGCAUUCCAAUUAUUAAUUCAGUUGAGGCAUUGGCAUCUGAGCAUGGCAAUCUAUUGGAUUGGUUUUAUUUAUUACAAAAAAGGUGAUGGCAGUUUUCAUAAACAGGGUCAUAAAUCAGGAAGUGGCCAAAUAUCCUGUAAGACACUUAAUAGAAGACUAUUCUCUUGAUUUCUAUUAUGCAACAGAUACAUGAGUAUAACCAAUUUAUGUUACACUCAUUGUUCUUUAGAAAUAGGAGUAAUGAUAAAAAAUGUAUUUUAUAUAGAGUGAAUUAUGUAGUGUAUUGUCAAUAACAGGACAUUAUUCCACUAAUUGGUCCUGAAAUUUGACAUUCUCCCAGUGGCAACAUCACCGUCAAUAUUAUGCAAAGUCCUUACAUGGUGACAGUACCACUCUAAAACAAAGAAAUAAACGGUUAUUUUUGAGUAAGAUGAAGUACAGGCCAAGAAAGUUUAAUUACAGCCAUCGCCUCAAAAACGUAAACAUUGAGGUAACAAAUAUUUAACAAAGGGUGCGGCUAACAACGCAAAUGCCUGUUUAGUAAUUGCCCCCCAAAAAAUGUGCCUUUUCGGAAAUUCUAAGGAAAUGCAACAAGUGAUAUUACAAACACUAGAAUAGCUUUGAUAUUUGACAGGAUUGUUUGUUUUUGUGCUGUACUAUAGAUGUGGCUCUACAUGAAUAUGCUGCUAGAUAGACUUUAACAGCAACCGUUUUUUUUUAUUUUUAUUAGUUUGGGAAGUCCAACAUGUCAAAGUGCCCUUUUCAAACAAAUGCUAUACUGUCACUGAGAACCCAUGAAAACUGAACGCUUUGACGUAUGUGUAAAGGUGCAUUAUUUAAAGAACCGCAUGUUAUCAAUUAUGUUAUCUUAAAGAUAUAUAGAUAAAGAUAUUGAUUGCCAAACACCAUAAAUGUAAUGGUAAAUAUUGAAAUUAAAUAUGUCCUGAGCAGCCAUUUAUUAAAUAAGCACUCUAAUGUGAGAAAUACAAAAUGUUUAUUUCUAAUGUUAGAAGUACUCGUUGGCUAUUUAGAAUCUGGGGCCUACAAAAGAUCCUGUAGGACAGUAACUGGAAACAGUGCUAGCAUGCUGACUGAGCGACAGCCAUUUUAGGUCUGCUUAGAAAGCAACGUUAACAUGGCCUUGCUAACAGAACAUACCUUUUAUGCAGGAACAGUCUCUGUACACCAAUACCACAGCAUUAAGUUGUAACAGUGCUCAUACAGAGAAAGACCAAUAAGCCUUCCUUAUCAGCAGCAUGUAUACUAAUGCUAACAAGGCAAUGCCAAAUAAAGCCCUGUGUACCAUGUCACAUUCACACUCCAAAACACAAAGAUCCCAGCCAGGCUUCCAUUCUGUCACUUACAGGGUUAUUCACUAAACACCGUUAAAAUUUACCAAAUUCCAAAUGGUAAUUCUCAUAAUUACUAAAACCAAAUACAGUCAGAAUUCAGACGAACCUAGCAAAUCUGCAGCAAUCGCCUGGAUACAUUGAGUGUCAGGAUUAAAAUCAGUGCUUUCACAUUGGAAAAGGGUGGGAGACUUUAAAUUACGUAAUGGGAGGUGGACAGUGAUCUGCUCCCAUCUGUGACUAGCAGGUACGUGCCCUAAUUAUUUUAUUGGAGGGGAGGAUCUGCUCUCCCUUGCUAGUGCUGUCAGCAGGCAAAUAGUUAAAAAAAAUAAAAAUAAAAAAAUAUUCUUAUCCAGUCCCGGGUUUGAAGUAUUUAGGUCGGGAUUUCAUCUGUCGGGCAGUGAUGGAUCUCCGCUGAAAUUCAGGCCCAUUCGGUACCUCAAUUGCAAAUCCAGACAUUGUUGAAUAGUGUGAAUGUCCAGAUUGUGCCGAGAGAAUGGCCCUGUGUGCAGUCGGAUGGUUUACCCGAUUUGGAUUUAAAUGAGUAACCAUAAUCUCUACACAGUGACUGUAAAUGGCAGCUUGCGUCCCUCCGCCUCUCACUCCAUAGUAGCGUUUGUAGAUCAAAAGUCCCUGGCUGUAUUCUAGCAUUUAGGGAAGGAGACAUUGAGGGCUCUGAACAUACUGAGUAAAUUACAGAGAUUAUUUUCCAUCUGUAACAGAGGACUAGAAUGCCCUGUAUAGUACAGAUACUCGAUGAGUAUUCUGUCCACAUACAAAAAAAAA